AUGGAUAACAGGGGCUUUGGAGGGAAAAAGGCCAAAGAGGGCUCUUUUAAGCAUGCAUCUAUUAAACGCACAUCCUCUGGCUCUCAGAAGUUUCAGAGGGCAUGGAUUGAAAGGACAUUUCUAAAAAGGGAGUGCAUUCACAUAUUCCCCAGCAAAGAGCCCAACAAGUGUUGUUGCGGUCAGCUGGUAAACCAACAUGUGGCUAUUCUUCCUGGCUCCACCAAUAAGAGCGCAGAGGAAGGCCUGGGGGUGCAGACCGAGCCUCCACAAGAGAAAUGGUCGGUUGCUAAGCACACACAAGCCACGCCCACUGACGCAUACGGCGUCAUUGAAUUCCAGGGAGGAGGUCAUGUCAACAAGGCCAUGUAUAUCCGUGUGUCCUAUGAUACCAAGCCUGAUAACCUUCUGCAUCUGAUGGUGAAAGAAUGGCAGCUGGAGCUGCCCACCCUGCUGAUCUCUGUGCAUGGAGGCCUGCAGAACUUCGACUUGCAACCCAAACUCAAGCAAGUGUUUGGAAAGGGCCUGAUAAAAGCAGCAGUUACCACUGGGGCCUGGAUCUUCACUGGGGGAGUUAGUACAGGAGUGAUUCGGCAUGUGGGAGAUGCGCUGAAAGACCACUCCUCAAAGUCCCGUGGGAAGGUGUGCGCCAUCGGAAUUGCACCAUGGGGUAUUGUGGAAAAUAAAGAGGAUCUGAUCGGACGAGACGUGACGCGACCUUACCAAACCAUGUCCAACCCUCUCAGCAAACUUUCUGUGCUUAACAACAGCCAUUCCCACUUCAUUCUGGCUGACAACGGCACUCACGGAAAGUAUGGCGCGGAGGUCCGACUGCGCAGGCAGCUGGAGAAACACAUCUCUCUGCAGAAGAUCAACACACGUCUGGGUCAUGGGGUCCCUUUGGUGUGUCUGAUUCUUGAAGGAGGGCCGAAUGUAAUCUCCAUUGUGUUGGAGAGUCUGCGUGAGGAGCCUCCUGUACCUGUGGUUGUGUGCGACGGCAGCGGCCGAGCAUCAGAUAUCAUUUCAUUCGCUCACAAGUACUCUGAGGAGGAUGGGUUGGUUAAUGAUAGUGUUAGAGACCAGCUUCUAGUAACCAUACAGAAGACAUUCAACUACAACCGGAAUCAGGCACAGCAGAUUUAUCUCAUGGUGAUGGAGUGCAUGAAGAAAAGAGAGCUGAUCACAGUUUUCCGCACGGCCUCAGAGGGUCAGCAGGAUAUUGAGAUGGCCAUCUUAACUGCUCUGCUGAAAGGCACAAAUGCCUCAGCUCCAGACCAGUUGAGUUUGGCUUUGGCCUGGAACCGUGUGGAUAUUGCUCGCAGUCAAAUCUUCGUCCAUGGACAACACUGGCCUCCUGCCGGGUCCCUGCCCACCUCAUCCACGAGCCAGCAGGAUAAACCAAAGAGCCCUAUCACCACCCGUGCCAGCAAGGGUAAACCUGCCAGGGCCAAGAAGGGCAAAGGUGCCAAAUCCAAACCUGAGCCUCCAGAGGAGACAGAUCCUAGAAAACUAGAGCUGCUUAACUGGGUUAAUUCUCUGGAGCAGGCCAUGAUGGACGCACUCGUGCUUGACAGAGUGGAUUUUGUGAAGCUCCUUAUUGAAAAUGGCGUCAACAUCCACCAUUUCCUGACAAUCCCGCGACUUGAGGAGCUCUAUAACACAAAAUUAGGGCCGACCAACACAUUGCAUUUUGUGGUCAGAGAUGUCAAAAAGGGAAACCUACCACCAGAUUACCAGAUCACUCUGAUUGACAUUGGCUUGGUUCUGGAGUACCUCAUGGGAGGAGCGUAUCGGUGUCACUAUACUAGGAAAAGUUUCCGCACACUCUAUAAUAACCUCUAUGGACUGAAGAGACCCAAAGCUUUGAAACUCCUGGGUAUGGAGGACGAUGACCCAAGACCUAAAGGCAAAAAGAAGAUGAAGAAGAAGAAAGAGGAAGAAAUCGAUAUUGACGUUGAUGACCCAGAGGUCAGUCGAUUCCAGUACCCCUUCCAUGAGCUGAUGGUGUGGGCUGUUCUCAUGAAGCGACAAAAGAUGGCGCUGUUUCUCUGGCAGAGGGGAGAAGAGGCCAUGGCCAAAGCUCUGGUGGCAUGUAAACUCUAUAAAGCCAUGGCGCACGAAUCCUCACGGAGCGAACUAGUGGACGACAUUUCGCAGGAUCUGGACAAUAAUUCCAAGGAAUUUGGCCAGUUAGCGUAUGAGCUGCUAGAUCAGUCAUACAAGCAUGAUGAACAGGUGGCCAUGAAGCUUUUGACAUAUGAGCUGAAGAACUGGAGUAACUCCACCUGUCUGAAACUGGCUGUAGCUGCCAAACACAGAGACUUUAUAGCCCACACCUGCAGCCAAAUGCUGCUCACCGACAUGUGGAUGGGCUGCCUGCGGGUGGGCAAGAGCAAUGGACUCAAGGUAAUCCUUGGAAUCAUCUUUCCUCCAACCAUUCUUCUCCUAGACUUCCGAACUGGAGAUGAUCUGUCUUACCAAAACUCCAAAGACAAAGAAGAGCUCAAAGACAAAGAGGAUGAUAACAAAUCUGGCAAGGAUGGCACCAUGAGCAUGGACGGAGUGUCUAAGAAAGGCGAUGAGGAAGAUGGUAAAAAGAAACAAAAACGAGUGCCUGUUGGGAAGAAGAUAUACUAUUUCUAUAACGCUCCGUUCACCAAGUUCUGGUUCAAUACGACUGCGUACCUGGUAUACCUGAUGCUAUAUAAUUACAUCAUACUGGUGAAAAUGGAGAGAUGGCCAUCACUUCAGGAAUGGAUCGUCAUCUCCUACAUUAUCACUCUUGGACUAGAGAAAGUUAGACAGAUCCUGAUGUCAGAGCCGGGAAAGCUGAAACAGAAGAUAAACGUAUGGCUUGAAGAGUACUGGAAUAUCACUGACCUGGCUGCCAUCACCAUGUUCCUCAUGGGACUGUUACUGCGAUUGCAGAAUGAGCCUUACAUGGGCUACGGACGCGUCAUCUACUGUGUAGACAUCAUCUUCUGGUACAUUCGUGUCCUCGACAUUUUUGGAGUUAACAAGUAUUUGGGACCGUAUGUCAUGAUGAUUGGUAAAAUGAUGAUUGACAUGCUGUACUUUGUGGUGAUCAUGCUGGUGGUUCUCAUGAGUUUCGGUGUGGCACGUCAGGCCAUCCUGCACCCGGACGAGGAGCCGACGUGGCGUCUGGCGAGGAAUAUCUUCUACAUGCCCUACUGGAUGAUCUAUGGAGAAGUGUUUGCUGACUCGAUAGACCUCUAUGCGAUGGAGAUUAAUCCACCCUGUGGUGAAAACAUGUAUGAUGAAGAUGGGAAGAAGCUCCCUCCAUGUAUACCUGGGGCCUGGCUCACACCUGCCAUCAUGGCCUGUUACUUACUGGUAGCCAACAUCCUACUGGUUAACCUGCUCAUUGCUGUAUUCAAUAACACAUUCUUUGAAGUGAAAUCCAUCUCCAACCAAGUAUGGAAGUUCCAACGCUACCAGCUCAUCAUGACUUUUCACGACAGACCGGUGCUUCCUCCUCCCCUCAUCAUCUUCAGCCACAUGUACAUUGUGUUGAAGCGCCUGUGCUGCCGCUGCAGGAAGAAACAGGAAGGGGAGCUGGAUGAGAGAGACCGCGGACUGAAGUUGACUCUGAGUCUGGAGGAACUGAAGAGUCUGUAUGAGUUUGAGGAACAGUGUGUCGAGGAGUACUUCAGAGAGAAGGAGGACGAGGCACAGUCUUCCAACGAUGAGCGAAUCCGAAUUACUUCCCAGAGAGUCGAAAACAUGUCCAUGCGCCUAGAGGAGGUGAAUGAACGAGAGCACUCCAUGAAAGCCUCUCUGCAGACAGUAGACCUGCGCUUGGCUCAGCUAGAGGAGUUCUCUGGCCGCAUGAUGCAUGCGCUGGAGCGGCUGGCUGGCAUCGACCGCUGCGAACUGGUCCGUGCUCGAUCCGGGAGCUCAAUGGCCGUGGACCAAUCUGGCCUGCUUCGCCGCGGUAGCAUCAACAGCGCCGACGGCUACAGUUUGUACCGCUGGCACCUGGAUGCUGAGGACCGUGGUGAGGAGAUGUCAGGGGACAGGAAGGCCCACGCAGAGAGACGCGGUAGUAUUGGCAGCAGCGACCUCCUUCUAAACCCUCAUCAAGGCUCUUGCUACGGACCCACGCUGGACGUGGUGCCCCUCCGGCAAAGGACACGCUCCAGCUCCAGUGUGGACAUCCUCAUCUCUCCUUGCGAGUCACAAGACAGAGUCCAGACCACUCAAUCCCCAAAACUCACCUCCGCUCAACACCCUAAAGAUCCACAAGCUCUGCUAGAAGCUGGAAUAGACAUAGCAGUUUCACAUCCUCUGGAAAGGGCGCAAUCUCUGAGGCAGUACCCAACUGCAGCUCAAAGUAACUCACUUUCAUACGAGAACAGAUCCCAAAGUGGUACUUUGUACGUCUCGAUGGCACAGUCGAGGUUGUGCAGUCCAGGGAAUACGUGGGCUUCGGAGCCCCACGGCCUACAAGAUCAAGCAAGCAGAUCGCCAACGUUAGGUCGCUGGCCUCCACGCUUUGAUGACAAAGUUCAUCCCUCCCCAUUCGGACUUUCACCCAAGACAUCUUUAGAGAAAUUAAGACAGAGAGAGGCCCAAGAUGAAGAAGGAUCUUCUAAGGAGAGCAAGUGGACAAAAACGCAACAAGGGGAAAGUGAGGAGAAGAAGAAAGAUGAGGAUCAGUCAGAGGCAAAUAGCGAAAGCACCAAAACAGAGGGAGGAGAAGAGAAAAGAGAGGAGCUGACGGACUCAGAUCACUUGUAUGUUGCAGAGGACAGGAUGUACCCCUCACUCAGAUCUAAGAGUCUGAACACUAACCCACGAAAGGCGAAGGCUGUAGGGAACAUGCUGGAUAAACCUCGAGCAGCCAGUAGUGUGAAAGACCUGGCUGGGGCCUUUGAAGUCAACACCAAUGACUACAGACCCUCCAGAGACAGGACAGGCACACAGACAUAAGCGCAAGAUCAUCGCAGUAGUGCUAGGUUAAAAAAGUUGAUUUUCAUUGUUUUCCAGUAUGGAUAGCAAUUCUAACUAACACUAGCUAUGCUUGUGCAUUGACAUCUUACCUAGCAGGCAUAUUUUCAUACAUUUAUAUUUAUGAAGUAUGUCAUUUUAAUGCUAAAACCUGGUAUGCAAAAAGGGAAAUUAGGGACUACCUCUGUACUGUAGAUAUUAACCAUCCCAUUUUUUCAAAAUAAAGGGACAUUUUACUUCAGUUA